AUGUCACGAGAGAACCCAUAUUUAUCUGAGGGAAUGCGACCAUCUGGUCAGAGAAAAACUCACCGCAAGCUGCAAUUCAAUGAACCCGGUCGCUUCGCUAGCGAAGCUGAGGCAGAUAGAAAAGCGGCCAAGCUAGCAUCCCUGUCGCGCUCUAUCGAGCAGCGGCUUGGAGAUGACCAGGUGCUUUCGGAUGCCAUUCUGGCAAUGGCCAGGGAGGCUACUCCAGACGUAGAAUGGUGGGAUGAGCCUUUUGUUGCUUCCGACAGCAAUUUUCUGAUUAGCAGCAAAGUAUUCCAUCUUCCACCUAUGCCAGCAGGCGCGCCACAACCCAUUCCUAUCGUGAAGCCCAUGAUGCUUACACGAAUAGAACAGAGGAAGCUCCGUCGACAUCGCCGCCUCGAGGCACAGAAAGAGAAGCGUGAACAGAUCAGGCUUGGGCUGUUACCGCCAGAAGAGUCUAAAUUGAAAAUGUCGAAUUUUAUGAAGGUCCUUGGGCCUAUCGCGCUGGAGGAGCCCACGCGUGCUGAGGCCCUUGUGCGCCGACAAAUCCGCGAGCGCACAGCAAAGCAUGAGCAAGCGAAUGCAGAACGAGCACUCACAGACGAGCAGCGGCGCAUCAAAAAAAUUGAAUAUUGGCGGCAGCUUGGCGGUGGUACCCUUUCCGCUGGCUCACCACUGGUCCAUAUUGCUGCGUUCCAGACGCCACCUCUGGGUUCAAAAGAGCGGUUUAAGCUCAUUGCCAAUGGGGGGCAGAUGCAGCUCCAUGGCCUAUUACUACGGCUACCUGACAGAGGCUUGAUAGUGGUGGAGGGUUCCCUUCGCGCAAUCACCCAUUACAGAAAGUUGUUGACUGUGCGGAUGAAAUGGCAGCCGGGAAAGCCUGGAGAGGAAGAGACAGAAGUUUCUGCACGGCUCUUCUGGCAAGGUACAGCGGCGAAGCCGAGCUUCCAGCGUCUUGCUUGGGUCGAAUGUGCAUCUUAUGGCGAGGCACGCAUAAUGCUAAAGGAGGCCGGCUUCGAGCAUAUAUUGAAGACGGCCCCAGAAGACGCUCCAGAGGCUGCCCCCGCCAUUUAA